AUGCAAGCCCAUGAGAAUAAUUCAAAACACCAAGAAUGUGUUCAUACCCUUAUUAGUAGACGCCGUAUUCAUGGACGAAUUGACACCUCUUUGGAAAUUUCCAUCACCAAAGAAAGAGAAUAUUGGACACAAAUUUUACAAAGAGUAGUAUCGGUCAUCAAAUUUGUAUCAUCUCGUGGAUUGCCAUUUCGUGGGGAUGAUGAAAUUCUUGGUUCUCAGCAUAAUGGUUACUAUUUGGGAAUUUUAGAAUUACUCGCCGAGUAUGAUCCUUUUCUUAGUGCUCAUUUAGCUAAAUAUGGCAAUAAAGGAAAAGGAAGACCAUCAUAUUUGUCUUCAACAAUUUGUGAGGAAUUGAUUGAAAUAUUGGGAAACCGGGUUUUAGAAUUUAUUGUGAACGAAAUUAUCGAAGCUAAAUAUUUCUCCAUAAGUGUCGAUUCCACACCAGACAUUUCUCAUACUGACCAGUUGACUGUAGUGCUGAGAUAUGUCAAGUCAAACGGAGAAGUAGCAGAACGUUUUCUGGCCUUUAUUCCAAUGGCCAGUCAUAAAGGGGAAGAACUAGCAGAAGCAAUUUUGAAAUUUUUAAAUAAAUGUGCAGCGCAUUCCCUAAAUUUGGUGGGAGUGCGUGCUGCAGAGUGUUGCAUUGGUGCAAUAAGUUUUUUUGGAUUUGUGCACACCUUGUAUAACUUUUUCUCCGCAUCAACUCAUCGCUGGGGAAUAAUGCAAAAUAACAUUGAAAACGGAUUAGUUCUAAAAAAAGUAUCUUUUACAAGGUGGUGUGCUAGAGCCGACGCAACGAAAGCUUUAUCAAAAGGUUUCCUCGAUUUUCAGAAAGCUUUGCAGUCUAUUAUUGAAGACAAAACACAAACAACACAAACAAUUCACGAGGCUCGUUGUUUGAUCAAAGAAUUUGAAAAAAAAGAAAAUGUAAUAAUGAAACUUUUCUGGAAUGCCAUACUGGAUCGGAUAAAUGCAGUAAGCAAAUCCCUACAACAUCCAGCCAUCGAACUUACAACAGCAGUCGAUCUUUUAAAAUCGCUCUUUCAUUUUUUGGCAUCGCAGCGGGAAUUGUUUGAUGAGUAUGAAAUGCAGGCAAACCAAAAAACCAACAUCGAAUACAGUGAUGGAAAUCAGAGGGUUAAAGGAAGAAAAAAGUAUCAUGAUGAAGGAAGUGGAGAAGAAGUCUUACUGAAUGGAAAACAAAAGUUUAAAAUUGAAACGUAUUUGCCAAUAUUAGAUAUGCUGUACGGAGAAUUAUCGCGAAGAUUAAAAGCCUAUGAGGAAAUUAAUUCUCUCUUCGGAUUUUUAACAGAUUUCAUGACAAAGACGAACCAAGAGAUCAAAGACGCAUAUGAGGCGUCGCCAACCAUAAUAACUGCAACUUCAUUGACAGUUGGAGCAUUAUGUCUGCCUGGGUGCUCUCCAUAUGGUACUUUGUCGGGUUUAAUGACAAUCAUAUAA